UUAUGGUCCAAAGUGCAUUUGGGGACAUAUACUUAGGUUGUACUUAUAAUACAUAUCUUACAGUUAUUUGUACUGUUACCGUAUGGUUAUAACUUAAACUGUUGUAGCUGGGCUAUUGUAUGAAGUUUAUUUGAGCUUUCGUGGCAAGAUAAGUGAAAUCCAGGUAGUUUGGCAAGAAAUACAGUACGUUUGUUGACAAAAGCAAUUAGUCUUAAUUUACAAAAUGUUACGGUUUUCCACUUUCUUAACAAAAAACCAUUCAUGUUGGGUUAUGAUGCAAAAAUCAGGCCAUGGGCUAAGUCUAAGAGCAUAUGCUGCAUCAUCAGCUCAGCCAGCACCAAAAUCAUCAACAGAAAAUGCCCGUGAAACUAAGAAGGAGAAAAAAGCUUUUGUGACCAACUCAUUUGUUAUGAACUUAUUCAAUGGCCAGCUAAAAUCUGACCAGGUGUUCCCUUUUCCUGAGGUUCUUAACCAAGAGCAACAAGAGACUCUUCAGAUGCUGACUGAUCCAACUGCCAAGUUCUUUGAGGAAGUAAAUGACCCACUAAAAAAUGACCUUAUAGAAAAGGUUGAAGACAACACUAUGGAAGGGUUGCGAGAAAUGGGUGCAUUUGGCAUGCAGGUGCCUCAGGAUUUAGGAGGAGUUGGAUUAAACAACACCCAGUAUGCUCGACUUGUAGAGGUGGUUGGAAAACAUGAUCUUGGGGUUGGAAUCACUCUUGGAGCACAUCAGUCAAUAGGUUUCAAAGGUAUUUUGCUGUAUGGAAACGAAGCCCAGAAGAAAAAGUACUUACCACCUUUAGCUUCUGGAGAACUAAUAGCAGCCUACUGUCUCACUGAGCCUGAAAGUGGUUCUGAUGCUGCUUCCAUCAAAACUCGAGCUGUGCUUUCUGAAGAUGAAACGCACUAUAUUCUAAAUGGUGGGAAAAUCUGGAUCAGUAAUGGAGGUCUAGCAGAAAUCUUUACUGUAUUUGCUAAGACUCCAGUGAAAAUCCCAUCAGGAGAAGUGAAAGAAAAAAUCACAGCUUUCAUUGUGGAAAGAGGGUUUGGAGGAGUAACCAAUGGUCCUCCAGAGAAAAAGAUGGGGAUUAAAGCCUCAAAUACUGCAGAAGUUCACUUUGAAGAUGUAAAAGUCCCUGUUGAAAAUGUGCUAGGGGAAGUUGGGGAAGGUUUCAAGGUUGCUAUGAAUAUUCUCAACAAUGGAAGAUUUGGGAUGGCAGCUGCCUUGUCAGGUACUAUGAGAUUUGCCAUCGAAAAAGCCACAGAACAUGCUGUUAACCGGACCCAGUUUGGUAACAAAAUUUCUACUUAUGGAUCUAUUCAGGAGAAAUUAGCUCGUAUGGCUAUGGCUCACUAUAUUACAGAGUCCAUGGCAUACAUGGUAUCUGGAAACAUGGAUCGUGGGUUUGUGGACUUUCAGCUGGAAGCUGCCAUUUCUAAGAUAUAUGCUUCUGAGGCUGCUUGGUUUGUAGUGGAUGAAGCCAUACAGAUACUGGGUGGAAUGGGCUUUAUGCGUGAUACUGGAUUGGAAAGGGUUCUAAGAGAUCUCCGGAUAUUCCGAAUCUUUGAAGGAGCAAAUGAUAUUCUGCGAUUAUUUGUUGCAUUGACAGGAUUGCAAUAUGCAGGGGGCCACCUGAAAGAACUUCAGAAAGCUAUGAAGAAUCCUGCUGCUAACUUAGGACUGAUCCUGGAUGAGGGGGCCAAGAGAAUGAAGAGGGUGGUUGGUCUCAAUAAUGGAUCAUUUCUCACACCUUAUGUCCACUCUGAUUUGGCAGAGUCAGCUAGCAAGGUAAACAAAACUAUUGAACAGUUUGGAGUAUCUGUAGAAAAUCUGCUAAUGAAGUAUGGAAAGAACAUUGUUCAUGAGCAGUUUCUACUGAACAGAUUGGCCAACUCUGCCAUUGACAUCUACUCUAUGGUAACAGUUCUUUCCCGUGCCUCUAGGUCUCUACAACAGCACUUGUCAUCUGCUGAAUAUGAACAUAAUCUGACUUCUGUUAUCUGUAGUGAGGGAUAUGAACGUGUUCAGCUGAAUUUGAAUAGUUUGAAAACUUCAGAGAAGCUGAAGAACUUUGAGAAGAUGAGCAAGAUUUCUCAGGACUUGUGUAAACAUGGAGGCUUGGUACAACAGCAUCCCCUAGGAUUCUAGUAUCAAUCUAUAUAAUCAACUGUGGGAGAGUUAAUACUGCAACUAAUCAAUGCAAAGUUUUAUGAUCCUUUAAAAACACAUAUGUAUAUUUAAAUACUUGCAUAUUAAUGAAAGAAAAAUAUUUUUAUUAUAAAGCAAAAGUGUGUAUCACAAUGUUGUACAUAUAAUUAAUUCAAAUCAAAAGUGAAUCAAUAGUUUUUGAUUUUUUUUUCUUCUUGUGAUGCUACAGUUCUUCCAAGACAUGAACCUGAUAUAGAUGCCAAGUUUAUGUAUACCAUAGUAAUAGUUAUUUUGGAGUAACAAAGCAAUGUAUGAAUUCCAGAGGAAAUGUUAAACAAUACACUUUUUCACUGGAAGAUAAUGAAUAACAACAGUAAAUUUGGUAUGAAGACCACAGUAAUUACAGAGAUCAUCAUCUUGACUAUCAUCACUAGAUGGAGAGCUUGCAUCCUCUUGUCUCAUUGCCUCUUCAUCAUCACACAUUUGAACACCACUUGACUCACUUUCACUAUCUUCUAAGCUAUCUGUAUAUUUACAUAGUAAUUAGGGUUACUACUCGCCACUCUAGCAAUGUGGGCACAUCGGCACACAGUUGUCAUACAUUCCGCUUAGGCAUCUUAUUGGUUACUGAAGGGCUAAAAGGGAAACCAUAUUUAAAUAUUAGGUGGGAUACCAUUAAAAUACUUUCCAACUUAUUUUACACCCAUAUGUCACACAUGUCAAUUUUGAAUGACAAUAGGAAACAUUUGUCCUAGUUGCAGAGUGAAGGGGGGUGGGAGCACUGAGAAAUAUAUAUCCCAGCUGAACUGAGAGGGUUAAAAGAGUGAAAUAUUCUUCAUUUUGAGCAACAAUACUCUUUAUCAAGAGUAUAAAGAAUAACAUUUUAUGAAAGUGCUCAAGUAUUUUCAGUGGGUCUUUUAUUUUUAUUAGUAGUGCUUUGAAUAAAAGUGAAAUAUUAUUUUAAUAAAGGUUGAUAUUCUUAAGCUUGUGUUAAGUCUUAUGUAUUAUUAGUAAUGAGCUUAAUUUGCAAUUGGUUUCUACUUUAACAAAUAUAUAUAUGUGUGUGUAAUUUUACACUUUUAAUUUAUUUGUCAUGAAAGUAUAUGCAAGUUUUAUUUUAAUAAAGAGAUGUUCAACUCAUUUUAAAAAUAAGGUAAUUUUGAAUUAGUAUACUUUAUACACACCAAGGUGAUCUAAAUAAAGAUAAUUUGUUUAACCCUAUCUUGAUGGGGUUUUUGUCUGAUAGACUACCCCAUGUUUCUGUGAAACUGUACAUAAAAAAAUUCAUAAUUAUAGUAAGCAUGUCUAAGUGUAUCUUCAUAAAAUUUGGUAAGCUAAAGUAAAUAUCAAGUAUUUUGUACACACAAAAAUCAGAACUUUUAAUAAAGUAUUUCUACUAGAGAUUUCAGACUCUGACUAGUCUGAACUCUGGGUGCAAGGAAAUUUUCAUUGCUAAAAAUGAAAAUAAUUCUUUUUUUUCAUCUUGCAGUUUUCAUAUUUGAUUUGCACAACCUCUAGAACCUUCUUAAUGAAUGUCAAAAGUGAAAUUGAAAUUAAUUUUUGAACUUUAUUAAAUAAAAUAAACUUAGUUUUAUUGUCUGGCCUGUAUGAUAUAUGUUUUUUUUCCUGCCUGUAGAGUGACGUGUAAGGAAUUGAAGUUAUCUAAACCUAAAGUUUUUUUCUAUAAGUCUUUGUAAAGAGAAAAAUUAAAUAAGUAAAAUAUUAGUAUCUAAAAACAACUGUAAUUUAAUUCUCAACUAUGUUAUAAAAAUCAUUAAAUACUAUGAAGAGUAACUUCCCUUAUCACCAAUUUAUAAAAUCAAGACUUUUGUAGCAUAUAUUUUCUGCUAAUUUCAUAAAGAUCAUUGAAAGCUUGUAAUACAGAAUAAGCUCUUUUUUUCUUGGUUGAAAACAACUAUAUCAAGUAAUAUGAUGUAAUUUUGAAAGAAGCUUUGAAAGUUAAAGACAGAUGGGUGGGGUUUUUGUUGUAGGCUGAGAAAAGUUAUUAAUACCUCAGUAAAUGUAAACUUUAGCAAGUUCAUUCUGAAAUUUUCUAUCUUGGAACUGUCUAGAGAUUGUAUCUAAAAUAUGGUAGCAUAACUUCAAAAUACCAACAAAUACACUGCCUAACUAAAAAAUAACUCACGUGUCACGUGUCAACAAAAGUGAAGAUUUAUAAUUUUUUGAAAUUAAAACUUAGAUAAAAAUUUUGAUUAUAAACUACAUUGUAAUACUAAUUUUAAUAAUAAAGUUCAUUUAUUAAAUUUUUAAAGUAAUCUGUUAAAAUGUGACAUGUGCAGAAGAGCCAAACUAUUUGCAUAGGGUUAAAUGUUUUGACUCUUAGAGAGAGAUUGCAGAUAAAUGCCAUUUUAACUUAUCUCAAGUUUGAAUCUGUAACUACCAAAAGAUUCAGAAUACUAUAUCAAUUGUUCUUGCAAAGAAGAUUCAAAGCCUGGUAUUCAGCAUGAAAAUAACUUUCAAGCAUUGAUUCUCAUCUAUAAGGUAAAAUGUCUACCCUGUUUCAGAUAUCUAUUGAAAAAAAUGGUUUCAAUUUUUUUUUUUUACUACUGGUAAGUGGUUGGCAUUUAUUUUAAGAUACAAAAGUUUCAGCCACAUCUCAAACAAAACAACAACAACAAAAUAUUCAUUGGUUUCAUGUUCUUAGUAGGUAAAACUAGUUAGCUGAUGUCAGUUUCCAUGAAAUAGUGUUGUCAAUUUCACAUUUUAUAAUAACCAAAUUUUAGAUCAAUGUUUUUAAUAAUAAUUCCUAACGUGAGAAAAAAGAUAUAAUAAAAAACUUAAACGCUGCUUGAUUGUGCUGCUUUUAGUUGCAAUUUUAAAUUUACAAAAUUCCACUGACAGACUUGCAACAAGCUAUUUGAAAAGAGCUUAUCAAUUAAUUAUCAUAAUGAGGUUUUAUAAUGAAUGUUGUGCUUGCAGCCAAUUUUUUAAUAAUUUUGACUGUUGUUUACAACUGGUCUGCAUGUUCAUAAUCAUGCUUGGAUUAACAAUUGGUAAACAAAAGCUAUUUUCCUUUAAUGUUCAAUGGCUCUUUGCCAGCUAAUUACCACUAACUGAGCUUUGGAUAGUUUAAUGAUAAUGUGUACUUCAGUGUGCUUGUGAGUACUUCACUCAUUAAGUGAAUAGGACCUAAUUGACAAUAAACUAAAAAGCAUAGGAUUUGGUACAUGUUUUUUUGGAAGUUAGCAUUUUAUUUUAUUUUGUAUUUAAAGUAAAGCUCCUAUGGCUACCUGUUUCCAUCCCUAAUUUUGAACAACAGCACCCUACUACUUACCAUCCACAGUUUCAUGAUUUGCUUUAAACCAUCAUAUACUUUAAAGCAACAAAAUUAAGGGAGAUAUUUUAAUGAUCAAAUUCUCUUAUAUAUAUGUAAUGUUGAAAUCAAAUUUGAUAUUUCUUGCUAUAUCAGAGUAAACACCAGUCAACUUCCGAUGAAUUACUUCUUUUCCAAUUCCCAAUAAAUUAUGAACUAAGUUUUUUGUGUACUUUGUCAUUUAAAAAAAAGGCUGAAAUGUUUGAUAUUAUUGUUGUAUGAAAAUUAAAAAGGCAGUAAAAUACA